AAAGCCCCUAAUCUUCUGUUUGAUGAUAUUUGAUGGCCUGCAUACGAUUUGGAGUCUCUCGUGUGGGUCUGAAUUAAUAUUUCAACUUGAGCCCACACAUCUGCCUCCAGUCCCACAGAUCGAACGACCUCCGAGGGGAGAAGAAGGUGUCGUUGCCACUCGUGUAUUCAUCCGCCUAUGGGCGCCCCAGUGCGUGCAGUCAGAAGAAGGAAGCUGAAACUGUUUUUCUGGCAAGCUGAAGAUCCACAUCCCGCUGAGGAGUCGCAAAUCACAGCUACGUCCCAGCAGGAGGACCAACUUCAGCUUGAACAAGGCCUUGUUUUGUUCAGGGCCUGUGAAAUGCAAUUAGAAACUCCCUCAGGGCCGACAGGGGUAACGGCUGAAUGAGACCUCCCCGCGAUCCUGGCGGGCCACAGACUUUGAAGUCUUCCUCUAUCUCCCCAAGAGAGCCCAUCCCCGGUUCAGAGAGGACACUGCAUUAGCAACAGAAGACAUGAGGCUGAUGAGUGCAGGAGCUUUCAUGUGCCUCCUCUCAUGGGGGUGUUGACGCUUCUAAUAAAUUACGUGAUAUAUCUGUUGUGAUAAUAUCCCGUCUUGUGAUUUAUCAUCUCGCCGUGCCCUUUUCCCACUGACAUUCACUACCCUUCUGUCCGACGAAGAGCUUUGCGAUUGGCUGACCUCGCAAAGAAUUCCACAACACGGUGUGCGUGACAUUCACAUUUAUGUGAUACGUUUAUAAUAAGCUGUGACAGGUACAAAUGCAACCACCGCAUUAAAUCAUAUCAUCCUUUCCUCACCCUACAAAAGAAGCGGGGUGGCAUACCAGCACAGAAGCAUUAAUUGGAGCCGACACGUCACCCAAUAAGCGUGAAGUCUGGAAGCGUCUCAUCAGCAUUCUGAACCCAUUGCCUGUCCCCUCUGGUUAUUCUGGGCCUGUAAUUAAGAGGAUGGCCAUAAUCACUAGACUGUCUAUAUGUACGUGUUGAGCAGAGAGGAGGAGAGUGUUGUAAUUGUUCUGCCGCCGGGGUGCCGCUCUCAGGGCUGAGGAGGGAGGUGUGGGAGGCGGUGGGAGUGUCCGCUGAGGGAGGGAUCACAGGAAUGCACGGUUCGCUACUGAGGGAGCAUUCUUGAGCCGAGCUGAGUGCAGCCGGACACGCUCUGGAAAGGAUCUCUCAAACCUGCUUUGAGUGGAUUUGCGCUUAAUCUGUUGAUGGUGAAGGAGCUCAGAGCCUCACGUUUACUGUAUUUGGAGGAUUUUACUGGAUACUGGUUCAGUCUCUGGAAAGGAUUGGUUCAGGAUGUUCAAUAUCAUACAUGCCCUGAUAUUCAAAGGGUAAAAGCAAACAAUUUGUCAGAGCGCUAUAGAUUUUGGAGGGACCUAUACAUGUAAGGAAACAACUUUUUAACACUUUUGUGUUCUGAUAUUGGAGUGAAAAGCAUUGGUUGAAAAUAAAUUGGCAGUAUUUUGGAUUACACUGAGAAGGAUCUUCUUCCCCAAUCGCUUCAUUGGGAUAUUGGGUUGCUCUGACAAACAGAGAUAUUCCCUCCUCCAAAUGCAGAGCUGUUGAACGCCUGCUGAACGCUGCACCAGAGACAACUCUCUAAACCUGCCAGAUUACAGCCUGGUCCGACUGGAACGACGCAUUUCUAGAGGAUUCCUACACGAUUCAGGGGUGUGGAGAGUGCAGAAACAUAGAGGUCUUGCUGAUGUUGCUAAUACCACAAAUGCGAGAGCAGAAAACAACGAGCAAAAUGCCACAAGGAGGAGACAUUUAGAACCCAAGAAAGACUAAAGGAACAAGCUGUUUGUAGUCACUUUUGUGCACUUGGAGUGCAUCAGCACAAGUAAAGAAGAGCAUAGUAAUCAUCCCCCUCUCUAAACACCUCAACAUGUUUGCCCCAACUACAGCCCUGCCUCCUCCUCCCCUCUUAACAGGAAGUGCUCUGCCGGUGCCCAGCGUGCCAGCAACAGCUCCCUACGCAGAUCAUGACCUACUGCGGCAAGAGUUAAACUCUCGCUUCCUGGCCUCCCAGACUGCCGAUCGAGGAGGCGCUCUAGCUCCCCCGGCCUACCUGCGCACGGAGUUCCACCAGCACCAGCACACACACCAACACACACAUCAGCACACCUUCACUCCAUUCCCCCAUUCCAUCAUGCCCAGCCCAGCAGCACCACUGGUGCGUAGCCCUGCCAGACAAUUUGACAAAUACCCCGCUAAAAUGGACACCUUCCAUAGACACAAUUUGGUCCCGUCCUAUCCGUCAGUAAUGACUGGAAUACCUCCUAUGGUUCCACCUGCUGGACCAUUCAGCUCUCUCCAGGGAGCUUUUCAGCCCAAGGCUUCCAACCCACUAGACGUGGUGUCAAGACCAGGAUCUGUGCCACACCAACUUUUACAGAAGGACUCCAGACUUAUUGACCCCAUGUGUCCUAAACCAAAGAAACCUGGGAAGUGGUGUGCAAUGCAUGUCCACAUUGCAUGGCAAGUUUACCAUCAUCAGCAAAAAAUGAAGAAGCAGAUGCAGAUUGAGCCACAUAAAUUAGAUUUUGGGUUUAAGCCCGAGUUUCUGAAUCGAUCGCCUGGCUCGAGCUUCAUGGGACUGCAGCCACGUGAUUUGCCCCGUCCCUCCACCAUCCUCUCUAAUGCAGGUCCUACACACCCUUCAGUUUCGCCCUAUGGACACUUACCGCAUACCCCAAACAAUCUCCACAGUGUAAUCCCCCAUCAUGAGUCUCUUAAUAAGCCACUCACCUUUGGAGGACUAAGUACGCUGAGUUCAUCUGCCUUUGGAGGACUAGGAAACCCAUCAAUAACACCAAACGCAGCACAUGGGACUAAAGAUGGUAAAACGGUGCCAACUUCAAGUGGACAACUGGAGAACUGGAACAGAUUGCACCAGACGCCCUCGUCCUUCCCAACGCCCCCUCUGUGUCCAAGGCCUUCUGAAACCGAGAGAGCUCCCUCCAUACCGGACAGAGCAGCGAUUAAGAGAGAUUCCUUAGACAAAGAUGAUAAGGAACGGGAGCCUAAAGAGAAAUCAAACGGAAGGCAUUUGUCCCCCAUCAGGAAUAGUGCACUGGACAACAAACAACCAACAGAGUCCUUCAAAAGUUCCUCUCCUGAUGAGCCCAAGGAAGAGGAGCAGGCAAGAGAGAAAACACAAGCCCAAGAGCUUCCGCAACAAACUCAAGAAACUGAGGAGCCAAAACACAAAGAGAUCCAAAGUGACAAAAGAGAAAAGGAUGUCAAAAGCGAGCAGCAGCAGACAGCUGAGGACAAGCCAGCAGGAAAAGAGAGUUCAUCACCCAAGCAACAGAGAGAGGAUCUCAAGCGGCCAAACAGUGAUCGCCAACCCUGGGAGCCAGCAGAGAAGAAGAUUAGAGUCGAGUAUGAACCCCAUGCCAAGAGCAGCAAGGUGAGAGUGAAGGAGGAGAAGAGAGACGACCAGGACCAUGAGGUUACAACACACCAGAAAGUUUUGGAAAAACCAUGGCAGGAUCCUAGAACCCCUGCUAUUAACCCUUCACCUCUUUCAACUCUUCCUUUGCCCAUAGGAAUCCCAGCUGGCCACCCUGGUCUUGAUAGGAUUAGGCUGGUCUCACCUUUUCUGGGAAUGGGUCCAUUACCUGGAGCCGAAAGGCUGCCUUACUCACCUCAACACUGGGAGUCUAUGCGGAAUGUUUACCGAGGUUUAGAUCUUCCUCGUAGGGACUCCUUGGGCAAGGACCUCUUAAUAAGAACCGACUCCCUGCAACGUGCCAUGAUGGGGCACCCUGCUUACCCACGAGAGCCAUUUCUGCAAUCCAUGGCCUUGGAGCAAAGGAGUCAGCUGGAGGAAAGGCACCGUCUGGCCUUCCUGAGAGAAGAAAGCGAGCGUAGCCGCCUGUUGGCUAUGCAUCAUACUGCACUGGAUCAUCACUUACCGCCUCCAGGACUCCUCACGGCGGCUUACCCCAGCACAGGGCUCCCACAUUAUAGCUCACUCAGUAGGACUCUACCUGCAGCUUAUCUACACGCCCAACCACAUCCGCUUUUUCCAAUGCUGGCAGCACGGCCAGGAUCUCCGAGACGGAUGACCCCUCUCAUAGACAGACCUGUUUUGCACCCACACAGAGACACUGAGACUCGGUGAGCUGGACUUAAUCAGAAACUGACGGACUUAUGUAUAUCAAGCACUUCAUGUGAAAUAACGUGUAGUCAAAAUGUACAGUGGUGGAAAUGAUUUUUUUGGUCAAAAAAAUAAUAAUUAAAAUGACUUCUGAGAAAAAAAUAA